AUGAUGUUCAUUACUUUCCUCGCUUCAGCUUCAGUGCUAUUUCAAUACCCAGUUUCAGCUACCAGAAAUCCCGGCAAUACUCAGAUCCUACGUCGUCAAGUCGAGCAAGGAACCUUGUUCGGGCCUGUUACUCUUCCCACUACACCUCUCAUCUCCAAUAUCAGCGUAUCCCUAAUCAACUUCAACGAUGAAGUUUUCGACAUCUCCAGCAUCUCCGUAUUCGGCGACAUCAACGACAUGGGAUGUGAGGAGGCCGAGGACAAUGCGCCGGAGUCUCAUUCAGGUCAAAAUGUUGUGCUCGGGCCUGCUGAUGCUCCGUGGAGCUCAGCCCUCAUAAGAGAUGUUGAGAUUAGCCUCAUUAACUUUAACGACGAGGUCUUCGACAUAUCUAGCAUCUCAAUCUUCGGGGAUGUCAAUGACGGUGACUGUCAACCAUCGACAACAGCCCGCUAA